GUUACUCCACCACUCUUCCAAACCCUAAAAUAUUCUAAAUCUCUCUCCCCCCCUCCCCCCUCUCUCUCUCUUCCAGUUUCUCUCUCUAGCGGACGCAACACAGCGCACAGCGGAGAUGGGGCUUCUCUCGCCAAAACCAGGAGUCGAGCACAGCCAUGGGGACUAGCGGAAGCCAGCCACAUUCCCAAUGGGAAAGGUCGAAGAAGAAGAAUCGUCUCUCUCCUCCUCUACAGCUGUUGAUUCCCAAAGCUCGGGGCGAAAUGGUGAGAAUGGAUGCAGGGGGAUUCGUAGGUUUGUGAGGUUCAGAUGCGUCUUAGCUUUGGUGCUGGGCGUCGGCGUGUUACUUUCUGCCCUCUUUUGGCUGCCGCCGUUCUUGCACUACGGAGAUCAGGGGGAUCUGGAUCUGGACUCGCGGUUUGGAGAUUAUGACAUAAUAGCAAGCUUCAUGCUUGAGAAGCCAGUUUCCUUACUGGAAGACAAUAUCUUGAGGCUGGAGGGUGACAUAUUUGAUGAAAUAGAAGCUCCCACCGCUAAAGUGGAGGUUAUCUCUUUAAAGCCUUUGGAUGCGUCUAACAGGACAAAGGUUGUCUUUGCUGUUGUCCCUGAUGAGAAAAAUUCAAGAGUCUCUUCCACCGCUCAAAGUUUAAUCAGGUCUGGUUUUGUAUCUUUGGUCACACGGCAAUAUCCUCUCCGGCUUACUGCAUCAUUAUUUGGAAACCCACACUCUUUUGAUGUGCUGAAGUUCCGAGGAGGCAUUACUGUUAUUCCCCCACAGAAUGUAUUUCCUCUGCAGAAAAGUCAGAUUAUUUUCAACUUCACCUUGAACUUCUCCAUUGAUAUAAUACAAGAUAAUUUCAAUGCAUUGGCAAGCCAGCUCAAGUCAGGGUUACGUCUUGCAUCAUAUGAGAACUUGUACAUCAAUUUGACAAAUUCCAGAGGCUCAACGGUGGCACCCCCCACUACCAUUGAGACGGCAGUUGUACUGCUAAUUGGGAAUCCUUCUCUGACAAGGUUAAAGCAACUGGCUCGGACCAUAACAGGUUCUCAUGCAAAAAAUCUUGGCCUAAAUAACACAGUAUUUGGUAGGGUUAAGCAAGUUCGCCUUUCAUCCAUACUGCAACACUCCCUUGGUGGUGAUGCCAGUCCUUCUCCAUCUCCUUUGCCUCAUCCCCAUAUCCAUCACCACCACCACCACCACCACCGCCACCAUCACCACCAUGAGCUUGCUUCCCCUGUUGGUGCUCCACCUGCAUCUACUCCUGCACCCACGCCUAGAUUUAAUGCUCCUUCAACAGGGAAACAUUCACUAGCUCCUGCACCUGUGCCUUCACCAGAGAGGAGUCAUAUCGCCAAGCCUCCUCGUUGCCAAUUUGGCCAGAAUAGGUUUCCAAGGAAGCCCAUUAUGCAGCCUCCAGUGGUUCCUCCUAUUUUACCACCAAUUCCUCCAAGGAAUAAAGCCUUCUCACCAAGCCAACAAGUCAACCCACCUCCACCUGUCCCCCAUCAAAGUCAUGCAUCAAGCCCAUUGCCAAAUGUGGGACAUACUCAUCAUCAGCCCCCGAAGAGUAGUGAAGUGGAUGCUGAGCCUCCUGACAGCAUUGCUCCAUUGGUUUCACCUUCACUGUCUUCAUCUUCUGCGGGUUUUGUUCCCUCUGCUUUAUGGGCAGUUCUGCAGUUACUAGUUCUCGUAUUUCAUCUAUAAGAGCGGUGAAGGCAAAGCAUUCUGCUUUCCCCCGUUAAGUCUCUUCUCUGGUAAUCCUACGAACUUAUUUGUAUCGUUCCGUCCAAAUGAACAGAAACUGAAGGAGCUUUAGGAGUGGGAGCAACGAAAAAGGGUUUGCCUCACAGCCGAGUGAAUAUUUGUUGUUUUUGUGCAUGUAAAUAUUUCGUCCAAAUGGGAGGAAAAAAAAAAAAAAUGCUGUUGGCAGAUGCAUGUAUGGGUCAAAGUCACAGAGGUGACAGGCCGUUCGGUGACAUGCACAACAGUUGUUUUCUGUAUUAUUUUCUCAGUUCCCUAAAUCUAAGGAGGAGGAAAGCCAACAAAUGUACAACAUUGCCUAUUUUGUUUCCCAUAAUUUUCAAGUCAAUCAGGUAUUAUUUUUUUAA